GUACUUGGUUAUUGCUGUGUCUGUUCAUUUGUCUUUAAUGUGGACGAUAAGAUACAAGUGACGUCUGUAGUCCUGAGAUGGCUGGAACAUGUAGACAUCAAGUCAGCAGGAAAUCCCUCUUUCACUGUUGAGUGGAGUAGUUUUAGAACACCGACUGCUCAAAUAGUUAGUGGAUGUAGACCAGUGAGAGCACGGGGAGCGUACCGCAUAGCUCAUUCCCACGAUGGUCUCACCCUUGCUGUUGCCGCCAAUCAGAGAUCUCCCCAUAAUAACAGAGUCAUAUUCAUAUCACUACUGACAUCCACUGCACAGGUUUCUGAUUUGAAAGGAUGUGGUACUAAAGCUCCAAACCCGCCUCCCAAUCUAGCGAGGUCAUUUUGGGUAACAGACAUGAAAUGGACAUGUGAUGAUUUGUUUAUAGUGUGUAUGACUAAAAGAGGUUCUCUAGCAAUAAUGACAAGGCUAGGGGAACCUGUCCGAUUGGAAAGCCAGGGAUGCUCAGUCGAGCUUGGACCAGAUAUGUAUUUGCCAUUUCAUCCACUUAUUUCAUACACCUCUAAAAAGGAACAACAUGAAAAAAUUCAGCAACAGCACCAGCCGCAGUCACCCACCAGUUCUAUGAUGUCAGAAGUGGAUAUAAUGAAACAGAAAUUCUCUGUUUCUACCCAUCCGUCGUUACCACUUCUGCUUUGUUCAGAUGGAUACUUAGUCACCGUUAUACAGCUUCCUGAAGACUCCUCUUGUGCUAAUCUGAUGAAAACUUUCCUGGCAGAAGCAAGACUCAAACUCAACAAAAUAAGCGAGCAACACAAUAUACACACCGCUUUACUACCCACCAUAAAAUUUGAUCAGACCGACAGCCUUCCAAAGCGUCGGGUGCAAAUCAACUACCAAUUUGAGCAAGCAGGGGAUACUAUGGGUUUAAGUACAGGAAGUUCUAUGUCGCCAAGUGAGUUUCUAGGACUGAAUGAUCUUGAUGAGGGAAAGUUAAUGUUCGGUGAUGGUAUGGAUGAAUUCAAUAGGACUGGUGGGUCGCGAGGAGAGACUCCGGAUUUUGACACCACAAAGCAUCUACAGGCCGUGCAGACAUCACUGCAAGCUGCUUGGGGAUUGGGAAUCUCAUAUACCGGCAUAUGGACAACACAACUUGAUAAAAUCAUGGUGAUUACCGUUGACAGUAUGAUAAAGCUGUGUGAGCUGUUGUUGAAAACAGCACCAGAUUCUAAAGUGUCUAAGAUAGAGCAGGACGAUGGCCUGCUGCAGAGGAUUUUUAAACUCUUUGCAACAUCGCCAGACAUGUAUCGAAUACUGAUGUUGCUUCGUCAUGCUCUUAGCGUACUGGGUUGGGAUACUGUACAUCAAAAUUCCUCUUCUUAUACUCUACGACUCGUAACAGGUCUAUGCCAAACCUUACUGCAGACCGACACACGACAGUCUUACUUCAAAACGCUGGCCUGCUGUUACCACAUCCUACUGUAUUCAGAGAAGGCGAUAAACAACGCAUACAGCUGGCUUCCAAAAGCCAUGAAUAUAGACUCUUCAGCAUCAGAGUUUGAAUUUCAUCUUUCAGACAAUGUAGAGGGCACGGUUCUCUGUCGGCAGUUGACUCGUCGACGUGCUAGUCUGCGAGAGUUUGACUAUGAGGGUUCAUUAAGUGCGAGAAGUCAGCGCGGCUCUAUGAGUGCAAGAAGUUUACGAGACUCUGUACGUGAAGCCAGAGAGGAGAUUGAUCAGCUCAAGAUUGUGGAGGAAAGUGUUGUAUCAUUGAAACACACUCCAGCAAAAAGGCUAAUGUUAAGUUGGAAGUCUCUGUAUAGACAGCUACUACGAUACCAUUCCAAGUUAUCACACAGACUCACUAAAGCUAGUGAUAUUACUGACAGUAUGGAUAAUAAAAUUGUUGUGAAACAGCAGAAGGUGAUCUUAUUGUUAUGUGCAACGCAGGUGAAACUACAUGAUUUAGGAUUUGAUAUUGUAGAAGAUAGAACAUGGAAGAGGAAUCUCAAUCGAGUAUUUCUCAAAGGUGCUAUGCAUUAUGAAGCUGGUCAUCUCUCGCAGGCCAUCGAAACCUGGCGGGACAUAGCUGAAGAGAUCAGCAUGGCUGAAAACCCAUCCCUGACAUCAUAUCCCUUAUUAGAAACACAGUCACUGUUAGCUGUGUUGUACACUCAGCUACAACAAUCUAAUCUGAUGGGUGCUCUGCAGCUUGUGGAUUCGUUAAUCGACUGUUAUUCUGAGCUGCCGGGCUUGGGUGGUUCACGCUCAUUCAAGCAGCAGCUCAAGCUUUGUAAAUCUGAUGCUUCCUUCAUGUCUGUGUUCACCAACAUGCUAGGUCCACAGGAAGCGGCUCCUAUCCUCCCGUGUGUCAAUAGGACCAGUAUAAAACCUGUUGUAGAAUCCUUGUCUAGGUUCAUGGCGUUAUACUUCAGCAAUCGAUCAUUGUAUAUAUAUCCUCCACAUGCUGCGGCACCAUUAAAACCUCUCUACAAUAAAGAUAUAGUACAUG